AUGAAUCAAGCUGACAAGCGCCGCGGCGGCAGUCGCAGCAGCAGCAACGGCCCAGCUUGGCGAACUGGACAGGCGACACACACAAGCCGCCACAGCACCCACACGAUAGGCGGAGCAGCAGCAGCAACAGGCGCAGGGAGCAGCAAUUCCGACACGAUGCCGCUGAUGCCGCCUCGCGCAGCCAUGGUGGGCACAAACUCAGCAGCCGGAGACGACGCCCACAACGGGAGCCCGACGAUGCUGGAUCGUAAGCGCAAAGAGAAGGCUCGCGACAAAUCCAACAGCUCCUCCGGCACGGCCAGAGGGUCAAGUCCCCACGGCGUGUCCAGCACCAGCAACAACAGCGGCGGCAGCGGCAGCCCCAUCUCCAAGUCGCAGCUUCGCCGCCAGCAGCAGCAGCAGCAGCAGCCAGACUCAUCCUCAGCCUCAGCAAGCCUCCUCCGCGAGAAAGACGAGCGCAUCACCUACCUAGAGAACGAAAUGGGCAUCAUGGAAAGAGAGUUCCACCAAGAACUAGACCGACUAAGCCAGACAGAGAGUGAGACCGCAACAUUCUGGCAGGGCAAACAUUCCGCGCUGAACCAGCAGUAUCUACGUACAGAUACAGAGCUGAGGCUAAUCCGGGCCGAAGUCGACGUGCGCGAAGCAGAACGGGAAGAACUACGGCAAGGUGUCGAAGUCCUACGGCGGGAGCUCCAGGAAAAAGACGACGAGAUUCGAAGACUCAGGGGCCAGGUCAGAGGGCUUAAGGACUUUGUGAGCACGAGCACGAGGACGGACGACCAGACGAGCGAUGAAGUCUUUGGCGACGGCAUGACCAAGCUGGGCAACGGCUUGCAGAAUUGGGUCAUAACCAAUUUUCGAAAAGCAAAACUAGACCUAUCCCACGCCAGCGACUCUACGCUCUCGGAACUCGGGCAACUCGUGCCCAUGUACGAGGAACUAAUACACACAUCCAAAGUCCAUCUCUUACAGUCCAUCGUCUCGAGCAUCCUCGUUGAAAUGGUCUUCAACGCCUACUACGUGGGACUUUCAGAAGAAGACACACGGCACUUUCAACAGAUGGAGCAAUUACUCACUUUUCUAUGCUCCUCAACCGACCCCGUCAACCAAUGGCGCUCAUCCACCCUGGCCCUCCUCCGCCGCGAGGCACACCACCUCCACGACAACACAGACACCUUUGCCGAGGCCGUCAUAUCUCGCAUAACCCAUCUCCUCGACCGCAUCAUCACAUCCUCUCCGCCUUCAACAAUACCCUCAACUUCAACUUCAAAUUCCACCGCCCGAGACUCCGCUCUCCGCGUCCUCGUCAAAAACUCCAUCGAGCUAGCCCGCCUGCUCGUCGUGCAAAAGGCCCGGCUGCGGGUCUACAUGCCCUCCAUCCUACCCCAUCAGCAAGUCCUUUUCGAGCCAGACACCAUGGAGGACAUUGGCGGGGAGGAAGACGAGGAGAACCUGGCUAGCCGGGAAAUCAAUUGCGUCGUUUUCCCCGGCGUCAUCAAGCACGGGGACGAAAACGGGGGCCACAUGCAGUACCGCAACGUCAUUGUCAAGGCGAGGGUCCUGUGUAGUCCGGAAGAAUAG